CAAGGCAGACCUUAAACAAACAGGCUGUAUUUGUGUAUUACCCUCGCUGUGCUACUGCUGCGACCUAUCUUGAAUAGUCCUGCGCUCGUCUCCUUUAUUGACAUUCUUCUAUUGCCUCUUGAACUCGGUUGCCAGUCGAACAAAUUAGAAAGUCUGAGCGGGCUUCGCCUCUGUGCUGGCCGCUGCGACGAACAACACUGAGGAUGCACUUCUUCAGCCACGCACCGCAGCCGGUGCAGAAGGAGGUUGAGGCAUUCUGGUACUUGAACCUAUCGCCGGAGCAACAGGCAGCGCAUGACAAGUUCUUGGCGCAUUUGACGGACACCAAGCAGCUACUGGUUGGCCACGAUGACCGCUACACGUUGCUACGAUUCCUUAAAGCCCGCCAGUGGGACGUGAACAAGGCGACGAUAAUGUACACCAACAUGACUAAGUGGCGCGCGGAGCACGGCACGGACCGGUUGUACGAGACGUUCACGUUCCCGGAGGAGGACCAAGUCAUCGAGCACUACCCGCACUUCUACCACAUGACGGACAAGUUCGGGCGGCCGCUGUACAUCGAGUUGUUGGGGCACACGGACGCCGCCAAAAUACUGGAGCACACCAGCAUGGAGCGGCUGAUGGACUACCACAUUGUGGAGUGGGAGCGGCUCAAGCGGGAGAUCCUGCCGCGCUGCAGCCUGCUGGCGGGCAAGCCCAUCAUCACCAAGAACGUGAUCCUGGAUCUGAAGGGCGUGUCGAUGAAGAACUUUGGACACGCCGCGCGCGAGAUCCUGACCAAGAUCGCCGCCAUUGACCAGGACUACUACUGCGAGUCGCUGGGCCAGAUGUUCAUCAUCAACACGCCCACCGUGUUCCGCCUCAUCUGGGCGGUGGUCAACCCCAUGCUGGAGGAGCGCACGCGGCGCAAGAUCAUCAUCCUGGGGUCCGACUACAUGCCCACCAUCACGCAGCUCAUCCCGGAGGACAACCUGCCCGCCUGCCUGGGCGGCAAGGGCGCGCGCACGGACAUGAAGACCACCAUUGGGCCGUGGACGGAGGUGGAGCUGCCCGCGCCGGGGCCAGCAGCGAUGGCGGCGGCGACGGCAGCAGCGGCCUCUCCCGCGAAGGAGCCGGCGGCAGCUUCUCCCGCAAAGGAGCCGGUGGUGGCUUCUCCCGUGAAGGAGCCAAUGGUGACGGUGCCAGCUGAUACCGUGGCGGUGACGGUAGGCAACGGCAUCAUCGCCGCUCACUGAGCCUCCUGCGCGUCGCUCGUGUGUGAAGAGUCUUGUCUAGUGGUAGUGGGGUUCGCAUUGAGGGAGCUGAUGUGCAUGUUUCGUGCAGCGCUUGCCGUAUCGAACGUGGUGUGGCUUGUUAAAUGGAUUGUCGCUAACAAAAAGACAUGUUGUGCGUGAGAUGGACAUCGUGACGCCAUGAUUAACAACUGCGGCAGCAGCCGUGGCCAUUGGCCGCGGCUGUUGCAUUGCUGGAAGCUUUCCAUGUAGUAUGCACAUCAUUAUGCAGUUAGAGUGCACGUUAGGCGGUGGCAUGACUCCAAGAUUUGGCUGGAGUGAGUUUGCACAGCGCUUCUUGUGUGGGUUGUCGAGUGGGGCACUGCCGGGAACCGCCGCCGGCCACUGCCGAUGCAGAGGACGAGUCGGGGCUUGCCAAAAGGGGCUUCAUUGCGCCCCAGUGGAAGCAGUACCUCCAAGGACGUCUGCCGUGUGUGCAUGUCUGCUGCAUGCGGAGUGUGGCGUAUUUUUCGCGUGGGCGGCAGGGAGCUAUGUGGGGGUUCAGGCUUAACAACAGCGUCUGAGGCGCGCGCACGGUUUCCAAGGCCAUGCAUGCAGCCAGCAAUUUGGAGCUUUCGAAGGGUUUCGAGCAGCAGGGCGGAUGGAUGGGAGGGGCGGGCAUAUCGUGCCAAGGCAUCUAACCCCGUAGGCUGACGGGGUAGCAGUCGACGUUGUUGGGAGUUGACUAGCACCUUGCUUGGGCGGACUGUCCCUUCUUGUAUGUCGCAUUCAUAGUCGAACAUGCCUAUUAAUGUUGCACAAUGUGGGUUUUCCGGCGUCGUGCUCACCACCUUGUACCCACACACAACAAUUAAGUUGGUCGGGUCCCCCAGCCCGGGGAGGUACGGCACACCGAUGCCGCCGCCUGUACUGACACACAUAUGCACACACCGUAAACCGUUGCUUUGCUGCAUCGAAUACACUGUCUUUGCGCUAUGUUCUCCUUGUGCUUUUUAACACACACAUGCACCGCCGCUGCCAUACCGUAAUGCCUCAUGCCUGA